AUUUGACAAUUAAGUAAAAUAUUUCUCUUUCUUUUCAGUCGCUUCACCCGCCAUUUUGGACGUAUUUCCUACGUUUACUGGUGAAAACUAUCAUUAAAGAUGGGUCACGCUAACAUUUGGUAUUCCCACCCCCGUAGAUACGGACAGGGAUCUCGUUCAUGCCGCGCCUGCUCCAACAGACACGGACUUAUUCGCAAAUAUGGUCUAAAUAUUUGCAGACAGUGCUUCAGAGAGUACGCACACGACAUUGGAUUUAAGAAAGAUGGAAAGAGCGUGUGUAGAGAAAUAAUUACAAGCAUUUAAAUAUAUUAAGGUAUUACCUGGGUUGAUCUGCUAUUUAUAAUUAUGAAAGUAAACAACUUAUAAAUUAGCAGUGCUGUUAGGUAAAUUAAAUUAUAAAAUUUCAUGUUGUAAAUAUUUUAAGAAACAUAUAAUCUGGUUGUUUUAUUAUUCUUAAAUGUAAUUUUAGAAUAAAUUUGUUACGGUUUAAGAAAUAGUAUUAGUAAGCUAAAUUCUAGCAAUAAUAUUAUCAAUAAAAUUUUGUAAACUAAAACUUAUGUAUAUUGGUUAAAUUAAAAUAUAGUAUCAUAAGGUUUUUGAAUUAUUCUCUUGAUAAUUAUGUAAUCACUAAAUUAUGUUUACUCAUAGCUAUUUAAAUAAAUGAAAUUAUGAAAUAUACUGCAAUGUUAUUUGGUAUUAACAACUGAUUAUAAUAAUGAAAAAAUGCAUCACAAUUCAUAAGGUACUAUGUAUAAUAUUGUUUAUUUUGUGUUCAGACUUAUUUGUAUAAUAUGUUAAUUUAGGUCAUUUAAGGCCAAUGUUGCCAGAUUCAUGUAUGAUAAAUAAAUUCAAAUGCAUACAAAUACAAUAAUUAAAUCCGACACAUGCUUACAGUGAUUUCCUUCAUCAUCAUGCACUAGAUGAAUUAUAAACAUAACAGCACUUUUGAAAUCCAUAUGAUCAUCCAUUGGGCCAUACUGGCUCUUAAUGCUUUCUUGCUCAAUGUGAAUGUGAAUAUAAUAUAUAUAAUGUGAAAUAUUUUUUUCUGCAUCAUGUUAUUAACUUGAAAACAAAUUAAAAUGUUAAACACCUAUCUAGACAUUAUAAUACCAUUACUAAAUAAAUUUAAUUGGCAUUAAAUGUUACCAGUUGUACACAUUUACAUACAUCCUGAUUUUAAAAAUGGAGUUCUAAAAAUAUUUUUUAUUAAUAGACUAUUUUAGGAGUAAUUUUAUUUGAAUUUUGUUUUAUCAAAAUUAAAGAUAAUGUUUCGUAGGUCAUAAUAUAAUUCAUCUGUUGUUAUUUAUACAAUCCAGUGCUAUACAGGCUAAAUAGAAUGGUACAAACUAUUUAGAAACGCCAAUAAUAGAAAUGACUAUUAAACAAAAAAUGAUUUAAAAUAAAUAUAUAGUGAGAGAAAUUUAAUGGCUAUUAUAGAAAAAAGAAAAUAGCAAUGACUGCACUACAUUACACAGUUCUGAAAGCAUUUCAAUAAAAUCCACUGACUUUAAUUAUUCAAAAUAAUAAUAUUAUUCAGGGACAACCAUUAUCCCUAUAAACAUUAGAUUAGAUGUUAGUCAGAUAAAGAUUUUCCACUGGAUUUACGUCCUCGUAAGACAAACUUCAUGGUAUAUAAUACAUGAUAAAAUAUAGUAUAUAUUUAUAUAAAAUAUAAUAGUAAUGACAUCAUUAACUUAUAGGAUAUAUUGGAAGAUUAUCCCCAAUAUAGUAUAAUCUUGAAAGUUAUAUUGGUAUUGUUCUAAUGUUUCUAAUCUAGAUACGAUUUACGUAAUCGCAAAAACUUUGACCUGGAAAUUAUCUAAAACUUAAUUAUUUUAAUCUCGAAAAAUGAACAUUAAAUUUAACUCUUACCAGUAUUUGAACAAAUUGUUUACAUUAACGUUCUUGUCUAAUUGUGAAAGAUGUACGAUAGUGAUGCUGUAAUCUGUACUUUGUUUUUCAUCAGAAGUACUAAGCUCCAUACAUGAUUUAAAAAAAUCGUUUCGGUAUAAACCUAUACCGACCCACUUAGUCUAUACUCUAGUAUGAAUAUCAACUUUCCUAUUAUAGAAAAAAAAAUAAAGAACACUUCCACAA